AUGCCUAGUUCUGAGCUUCAUGUGCCAGACCUAGAUGCUGUUGAACGCUCAGAUGAGGAGCAGCAAGAUAACUCAAAAACUGUCAUCAAUGACCUGCAUUGUUGUUUCAACCCCUUGGAGAAUUGGAGAAAAACUGCCAAUCAUGAGCUCAAUGAACAGGUGUUUGAAUGGUUUUGCAAUGCUCGAUCGAAAAACAUUCCAAUCACUGGCAAAUUAAUCCAAGAAAAGGCAGUCAUGCUCUCUGUCGAGCUUGGCCUUGAUGAUUUCUCUGCCUCAAAUGGCUGGCUAGAUCGUUUCCAGAAACGGCGCAACAUAUCCUGUUCUGUCCUGUCUGGUGAGGGGGCGUCAGUCAACGAGGAGACGGUCAACGACUGGUGCAGCCAUCUGGAGAGCAUCUGCGAGGGGUACAGUCUCAAAGAUAUUUUCAAUGCCGAUGAGACUGGCCUCUUCUAUCGUGCUCUCCCAACCCGCUCCCAAGUCAUUCGCGGCGACAAGUGCCACGGGAGCAAGAAUUCAAAGGAGAGGAUAACCGUGCUACUUGGCUGCAGUGCGACGGGCGAGAAACUCACCCCCCUCGUCAUCGGUCGUGCUGCCAAUCCUCGAUGUUUCCGUGGCUAUUCGACGUCUUCGCUGCCUGUCACCUACCAAGCCAACAAACGUGCCUGGAUGACAUCCACAAUUUUCAAAGACUGGCUCCAAAAACUGAACAACAAAAUGACUCUUGAAAAACGUAAAAUCAUAAUGUUUGUUGAUAACUGUGCUGCUAUGACUUUGUCGAAUGUAAAACUUGUAUUUUUGCCCCCAAACACAACAGCUCGUCUCCAGCCCUGUGUUGGUGGAAUCAACAAAGCCGUCAAAUCCACCUACAGGAAAAAAACUUCUUCGCCACAUCCUCCUUAA